AUGAUCCAAGCUAAAUUCAACCUUCACCCGCCAAGUUCAACCUUCACCCGCCAAGUUCAACCUUCACCCGCCAAGUUCAACCUUCACCAGCCAAGUUCAACCUUCACCAGCCAAGUUCAACCUUCACCAGCCAAGUUCAAACUUCACCAGCCAAGUUCAAACUUAUUCAACCUUCACCAGCCAAGUUCAACCUUCACCAGCCAAGUUCAACCUUCACCAGCCAAGUUCAACCUUCACCUGCCAAGUUCAACCUUCACCUGCCAAGUUCAACCUUCACCUGCCAAGUUCAACCUUCACCUGCCAAGUUCAACCUUCACCCGCCAAGUUCAACCUUCACCAGCCAAGUUCAACCUUCACCAGCCAAGUUCAACCUUCACCAACCAAGUUCAGCCUUCACCCGCCAAGGUCUCGGUAUAA